UUCUCUCCUUGAUGAGUUUCCAUCCGUUGCUUCUUGUCCUGCCUUCAGGUGCUUUGGAGAAUAGCUUGACUCCCUCUUCUUUGGGGCAGGAUCGUUCGGCUGCAGCAGCCAUCUUGCCUUUUCUGACCUCCCUUUCCUCAGAAACCCCAUUGUUUGCACUCUGGCCCCGCCCAGGCCCCAAAAUUAUUUAUUGGGCUUUGCCCAAUAAAUGUUGUCUGGUGAACACUUCAGCAGCUCUCUUGCGACGUACCUCUUAGCAUCCCUCGGCCAGCUCUCCAAGGCAGAAAUUGAAGAGGCACCAUGCCCAUCUCUUAGCUUGGGAGAAAGUUGGCCUAACAGCCUCAAAAUCCUAGGAAACAAAGGCAUUUGUGGCCUGUUCUAGCAACGGAGGUCAAAGCCGACUGCUUGCUUUGUAAAAUCUGGGCCUUUCCCGUUAAAAAAGGGCUGCGUUCUUCAAAACUGGAAUCGACCACAACAACCCCUAAGACUGUCUUAAGGGAGAAGUGGGUGCAACUGAAUGGAUGGCCCCGUUUUUCUACCCAGCUUCCAGCUUGUGGCAAGGGUGUAGCUGGCUGGGAUGAGAAUUUGAUUCCCCCCCCCCCAAAAAAAGUGUUUUGUCCCAAAGUUGCACCCAGGUUGCAAGCUUCCUCUUUGGAAAAAACCAUUUAACCUUCUUUUUAAAAAAAAAAAGGCAAAUAAAAGGGAAUUGCACUUGUGACUCACACGGGGUUUGAUCUGGCGGGCACAAAAUUCACCCAUUUCUAUCCAGGAUAAAUUUCCUUUCCCCCCCCCCUUCCCCUUUUUGUCCUCCCAGGGCUGGAACAGAGUCCCCUUUGUGGUGGGCAGGUUUCAAAGCCACCAUAGGGUCCGCCGUUAGAUCAUAUCAGACCCUUCCCCCAUCCCAAUCCUAUCCCAAGAUGGCAGGACACACCUGUUUAUGGCUAGCGGCAAAGAGAUUGGUCGGCCGAGGAAAAUCCACCUGCCCAGGGAGGGGUCGACGAGUUACAUGAGGAAUUCAGGCAGCAGGCAAGGAGGAAAGAGAUGCUGGUCCGAAGGCUGCAGCAGCCCCAGGAUAGGUGGCAACUGCGCAUGAAGUUCCUCCAGCAGGCCCAGCGCUACAUUGGGACGCCGUACGCCAAGAAAUACCAUCAGCCUGGAAGUCCUGAAUACGAAUCUCCCCUUUUCCUGAAUUGUUGCGGGCUCAUCCGGAGAGCAGUGCGAGACUUGGCGGACGAUUUUGGCUUCUACUUGGGCACGGGCAACCAAGCCUAUCAGUACGACACUCUUCCUGUGACCCUUCCCAGCGAGGACCAUUUGAAACCCGGAGAUCUCAUCUUCAUCUCGGGAGUUUACUUUGAUCCACAACGUAAGAGGCAACCCCACGACAUUGUCCAUGUGGAAAUCUGGUUGGGGGAAGGAGAACGCAGUCUGGGGGCCAGGCGGAAGCGUGGCCAAGCCCAGAUCUUUGAUUCCUACAAGUUCGUCUCCGACUCCUACGGAGACAUGGAAUACCACUUCAAGUCCAUUGAGACGUGGCUGCGGGGCAUCUGUGUCAGCCAUUGUCCAGAGCACAAGUGGGCUUCGGCAAGGGACGUUGUGGAGAAAAAGUCUAUUUUCUACCCGCUGAGCGAGCAAGACGAACCUGCAGAACAGGACGCUGGCCCUUCCCAAAGCUGUCCUCCCUCGUCACUUGCAGAUGAAGGAACGUCAGUCAGGACGGCAUCCAUUGCAGCAUCUCUCAGCACCUGCAGACUGAGCAGCAGCGAGCAGGUGGGAGCCCUGGACCUUCAGGUGCGCUCCAGGUUGGGCUGGGAGCUCCCUCAGAUAACCUUGGGGAAAACAGAUGAAGGUGUAGAGUCCGGCCAAGGUCGGGAUGAAGCUCCGAGCUUCGGCGACGCUGUGCCAGAGGGGGAACAGGCCCGGAGAGAAGGGGGCGAGGCGGAUCCUAUGAAGACCCUCCCAAAAGAUCAAGGCCAGGACCCUCCUGGCCGAGGGGAGGACUCAGUCGGAGACUUGACCCAGGCCUCCCCUUCCAGUUGCAAGGUAAAGUCCAUGUCGGGCCCCGUCGGAAAAUGGGACAAGAACCUGACGUCCAGAACGCGAGGCGUUUUGUGCCCUGAUGGACCUCCGCCACUAGCCCCAGAUCCCAAGGGCAUAGAAAACAGGAAGCAGAAAUAUCGGGCUCUUUUUCCAAGCCAGGCACUGAAGCAGUGGAAGACAUACAAGCAAAGGGGGCUUCCCAAAAUAGCCGAAGGGAGAUUCACCUAUGAAUUCAGAUCAAAGAAGCCCAGAGUCAUUCUGAAGGCAGCGCUCCGAAUGAGUCACCUGGACGAGAGAAGAAACGAAGAAGCCCCGGCAUCCGGGCCGUUCUUUUACAUCGGCGGAGCAAAUGGGGUUGAUACCCUGAGUAAUUACUGCAAAAGCAAAGGGUGGCAACGGAUUUAUGACAACCGGAGGGAAGACUACAUCUUGAAAUGGUGCGAGACCAAGUUUCGGGACACCUAUUGCAACUUCCGAGAAGGAGAGCAGCUUCUCUACCAGAUCCCAAACAACAAGAUCCUGACGACAAAGAUCGGCCUGCUGAUGAACCUCAGGGAAUAUGAUCGGGUGAUGAAAAAGGUUGGCCAGGCAGCCAGAUUGCUAAAAAUGGAAGAUUUUUUCCCGGAGACGUUUCGUCUGGACACUAAAGACGAGAGAGAAGUCUUCUUUGAAAUGUAUAGAGAACCUCAGAUUUGGAUCUGCAAGCCCACCAGCUCCAACCAGGGGCGAGGCAUUUUCCUCCUGAAGAGUCAAGCCGAAGUCCGAAGCCUGCAAGCCAAACUCCAAGGCACGGAGGAGGAGCCCGCCUAUCGGAAGCUGCCCUACAAACUGCCUCAGGCACGAAUCGUCCAAAGGUACAUCGACCGCCCUCUGCUGCUGGAGGGGAAGAAAUUUGACGUCCGCUCUUACCUGCUGAUCGCCUGCACCGUGCCCUACAUGGUCUUCUUCGGCCACGGCUACGUCCGCCUCACCUGCCUCAACUACGACCCCAAAUCCGACGACCUCACCUCUCAUUUGACCAACCAGUACGUGCAAAAGAAGAGUCCCAUCUACACCCACGUCAAGGAGGAGACGGUAUGGCUGAUGGACCGCUUCAAUAACUACGUCAACGAGAAGUUCAGACAGGCCAAAGGGCUCCCCAGAGACUGGGUCCUCAACAGCUUUACCAAGAGAAUGAAAGAAAUCAUGUUGCAGUGUUUUCUCUCCGUCAAAUCCAAGCUGGAAUGCAAACUGGGCUUUUUUGAUCUCAUCGGCUGCGACUUUUUGAUCGAUGAAGAUUUUAAGGUGUGGCUCUUGGAAAUGAACGCCAACCCUGCACUGCACACCAACUGCACGGCGCUGAGGAACGUCAUCCCCACGGUGGUGAACGAGACGCUGAAUCUGACGGUGGAGAUCUUCGCCAAGGCUCAGAAGACCCACAACAUCCUCCCUCUGGAGUCCCUCUGCCACUUCGUCCUCCUCUACAACGGAACGGCUUCCAACAACGGGCUCCCCCUGCCAGCCAAGAGCAAGACGUCCCUCUGUUCCCUGAAGACCCCCCAGCCGAGUCUGGAGAAAGCCAGCGGCAGCAGCAGCAGAAGCCCCGGGGUGCCCAACCCUCCACCGGACAAACCGCCGCCCCCCAAAGCCUCCGAGAAGGUGCCAAAGGCAGACAGCAGAGGAGACAGCAAGGGAGAGCCCACGGGCGCUCCGGAAGGGCUGGCUGUGGCCCCCAGCAAAGGCGUGCGACGGGACCCGCUCCCCAUGCCUCAGAUCCAGAUCUCCAUCGUUCCCAGCCUGACCUGCUGUCCUUCCGUCAAAGCCAUCCUCCGGGGACAUCAAGUCUGCACCAGUGGCAACCAGUACAUCAUCAAGCCGGUUCCGGCCGCCCCGGACAAGGCCGAGGGCGCCGAGCAUCAAGCGAAGGCCCUCAACCUGCCCCGGGGGAACUCGAAAGAUAAGUCCUACGCCACCUGGUUCCAGCAGACCUUCGGGACCAAGCUGCCGCCGGCCAGCGACGACAACAACAACGGCGGGGAGAACGCCUUGACCAGCUCCCAGAUGCUCUCCCUCCAUUUGCAGUCCAGCCUGCCGCCCAACACCUUGCUCCUUCCGGAGUUCCCCAAGUCCUUCUCGCCGCUCGUGAUGCCCGCCAAAAGGCUGCCGGCAGCCGAGAGCAAGGCCAGGGCCAUCGCCGUGAGCCACAAUUGCCGGGAAUUGCUCCCGGAGGAGAAAAAGAUCUCCCACCGGGGCUCUUAAGGCACCCUCCCCACACACAGCCCACGUCCGGACGCUGGUGCAUGUCCAAAGUCCUUGUUCUCUUUUUCUUAUAAAGAACGAAACCGGGAAGAAAAAGAAGACAAAAAAAAAGAAAGAGCCUUCUUUCUUGGCAGGGGAUGGUGGGCACGCGGCGUCUGCUUAUUGCUUCGGGUCUCUGAAAAACGGCAGGGCAAAAUACUGUAUUUGCUAACAAAAAAAAAAAAAAAAGAGCCAAUAGCUAUUUUUUUUUAUUUUUUAAUCUUUCGAGCCUCGGAGAGUUUUCUGGGUUCUGCUUUUUCCCCCCUUUGACAUUAUUUCCCCCCUCCUCCCAAAGACUUAUGAAUGGGCUGGACUACAAUUCCCAUCGUCUCAAGCUAGUGCAAAAUAAUGGGUGGUUUCAAAGGUUCGACUGGACUAGAUGAUCUCUCUGGAGCCCCUUCCAGCACUCCGGUUCUGGAUUUGAGACAUUCCAACAUUUCAGAAAGAUCAUCCCUGAACAAAUUUGGAUUUAACACCAACGUCCUGUUCUUGGAUCGGCAUUCGGUAAUCGCUCUCUUUAUCUGAAAGGAGAAGGAAGGGGGAGAAAAUUAUAUUUCAGAGAAGACAACUCAAAAUGUGAGAAAGCAGCAAAGAAAAUUUGGAGCCAAGAGAGAAGCAACCUAGAACUAAGGAGGAAUUUCCUAACAGCGAGAACAAUUGACCAGUGGAACUGCUUGCCUCCAGAGGUUGUGGGUUCUCUAUCACUGGGGGCUUUCAAGAAGAGACUGGACAGCUCCUUGUGUCAAAUUGUAUAGCGUCUCCUCCUUGAGCAGGGGGAGGGUUGGACUAGAUGACCUCCAAGAUCCCUUCCAACUCUAUUAUUCUAUCCCCUGCAGACUCUCUAGAUUUGGGGGAUUAACUUGCCUGCGCCUUCACACCUGCCUGGUAUUUACCUGGAUUUGUAGCCACAACAGUCGGAGUUGAAUCCAGCUUUGUGGCGAAGACGCCUGCCUCCUUUGGAAAUGGAGUGCGCUGCGUGACAGGGUGCCGGGUGGAAAUCCCGCUGGACGGCUUGUCGCAAAUCGUGUCAGCGUCUCGCUUGCCGGAUCGUAGGAUUUCCCUUCCGCUGGCUGUGCAACUACGAAACAGAAAGAAAGACAAAGGACCUGGCGCCGUUACUGAACAACAACAACAAAAAGACAUUUCACAGAGAUUGCUCUUCGCCCUGUCUUGUAUCACAAAGAGCCCAAAGGGGAAAGCAAUUCGAGCUCCACCAAGCGUAAGCCGCCGUUGUGAAAAACCACAAAGCGGCACUUUUCCUGUGAAGGAAACCGGCGAGGAUGUGGCGGUGAUCUUCUUUGCCCACGGGGCCUUACCGGCAUGGCAUUCUGUGCAAGGUUUACACCGCGAGUAGGUGUAGGCGUCGUUGUAGUAGCCCUCAUCGCACGGCUCACACUCGGUUGGGGACGUCAGUGUGCAACGUCUCACUAGUUGCUCUCCUAAAGGCAAGAACAGGUUUGUGGAUGGAAGCAGCGCCUCGUUUCCUCAGCCCCAAGUGACAUCCCAUCUUUCCAGAAGCUCAGUUUCCUUCUCCAGGUCACCCUCCAAACAACUCUGCGAGGUAACCACCUCCACUAUACACUACAUAAAUGUAGAAACGGUGGAUUGAAAGAAGAUCUGCGUUCGAAUGCCCCCACAUCUUCAGCGUCACUAACCUGCAGGACAAUCUUUGCAGCAUUUCUUAUUUGAGAGGACAUAUUCGUGGUUUGAACACGACAGCCCCCAGCCCAGAGAAGACCAGAGAGAGGCAGCCAGAGAAAUCAACUCCAAACUCGCCUUCAUGUCCCGUGCCACAGACUCACAGACGCUGCUGUGCUCGGAGGGAAAAAGCCCCACCACCUCUCUGGGCUCUGCAAGGCAGGAAGGAUCUGCUCCGGCUUUUGUGGGCCUCGGGGAAGUUCCAGAUCUGAUUCGUCUUGAAGAGCUGGGGUUUUCACCCCGGGGGAAAAGCCUGCGUCAGUUCGUACCUCCCCAAUGUGGAAGUUGUCAGCAAAAACAGAGAGCGCACCUGUAGUCUCUAUCAGGCUGCAAUAAUGCAAAUGGCCACCGGAAGGCAGUCCUUUUAUGCUCUGAUCUAUACAUGGUCUUUAUAAGACUAAAAUAUUGCAAAUGGCCACCGGAGGGCACCCUUUUCAUGCCCUGUGAUGUAGAUGAACUUUGUAGUCCCUUUCAGGCCACAAAAGGAAAUAAACCCUUUUAAUAUGA